AGGAAAGAUUAUAAAUGCUAAAUUAUGCCAAACGAUAGCUUGCAAGGAGCGCGACCUCGGCCGCCGCCAUCUUGGGACAGCAUUGGUGGAGACGACUGCUCAGGGUGUCGCAGGGGCCGCCUUCCUCCAUACCUUUUGAGUUCUUGCUGUGCCUCCAUUAGACAUGAAUGGACGUAGUGAAUCUAUAAACACUACAACGAUGAAUGGUCAUAGCUCUACGGGUCAUCAUUGUUCGUUAGCAGCUUUGGUAAAUGCUGCACACAUGAGUGAUCAACCUCAUCAGAAGCAAGAAGACUUAGGUGAUGAUUCAACGUUAAUUGAAAAGAAUGGUAAAAAGAUUAUCUUAGAAGAUGAGAUGAAACGUUUGCGUAUUGACCAAGGCACUGAACAGAUGAUGUCUCAUCAAUCUGCUGCCCAAACUACGUUAGAAAAGGAACGAGAUAGACUCACAAGAAGGAAGUGGAAAUGUCCUAUUUCCAUGCAGAAAUACGGCCCAAGAUCUCCAUAUUUUCAUGGGAGUGACCCGCUGUAUACUGCUAACACCUCUGGAAAGUAUAGCUCAGAAUCUCCUUACUACCAUGGGAGUGAGCCUCUAUGUACCGAUCACAUCAACUUCAGUUGUAGACCACAGCAUGACUCUGAUGAUGUCUCCUGUAUUGUGUUACCAGAAAACACCAGCAAUUUCAAUUAUAGCCCACAACAGGACUUGAGUAAUAACUCUUGGGAUGAUUUAUCAGAAAGCUCGGACAGCAGAUUUUCAGUCAACCCACCUGGCUGUGAGCUACACCGCCUUAGAACACAAGUUGUACGCAGUAGAUCACCUGUACAUGUGGAUGACAGUUCAGAUGGAACAGAGGCUGACCUGGUUAGAGAGCAGUUGGAAGUGUUAAUGGUGAUGGGAUUUAAAUCAUUUUUCUCAAAUAAAAGUUGGUGGGAUGGUUCUACUCUGAGUUAGUCGCUGUAUGAUCAGAAUCUCUCCCGCAACCAUGCCAGCAAGGUGGGUCCUUUUCUCAUGUGGACAAGAGGAACAGAACUAUUACAAAGGAUUUAGUUACGUUUAUUUAAGAGGAGAUCUCUGAACUUUUACCAUACACUUUGCAGAAAUCAUUACAAAAUACCACCAUAUGAUAAAAUAUGUAUCUUAUAAAGUCAUAAAAUACUUUUAAUUGUGAUUUUUUUCCCCUAAAUGGUCAAGAAAAUGCUUUUUGUAAACAAAAUAUUGCACUUGCUAUUAUCAAACAAAAAUGCUUAUUCUCAUAACAAAUCUUUACAGUUAGACUGUAUAUACUGCUAUGUUAAAAUACUAUGGUAUAGUUCCUUCUUAACAUACUAUAUUGUAGGAAAUUUCACAUUAAUAGUAUACAUUAUUAUGAUUUAGUUUUAGUACAAAAACGCUUCAUCAUAUAUAAAUAACCCAAUUUAUAUUAUAUAAUUUUUUACAGUGAAUUGUGUUUUCAUUCAUGUUUAUAGUUAACUCUUGAGCUAAUAUUUUGGAAAGGGAUGAAGUACUGUACUCACAGUGUUCAAAUGUUGACUUAACCUCUAGCAAAUAAAAUUUAACUGCAUGCUA